AUGUUCAGAAAUUCAAAGAGUAAACUCCUGAGUAUAUUCUGUUGCGUGGGCGCGAAACCUCUACUCAUAUGGGGCACCCAGGUUAGGAAUGGACACAUACGGAGAGUGUUAGAUGAAGACACAAAAUCUUUGGUGUUACACAUUGAAGGGAGGAAUGUGGCGACAACAUACAUAACGUGCCCUGAAGACAAAUCAGAGUCCUUGGCUAUUGGUUUACCUUUCCUUGUACUUGUUCUUAAAAACCUUAAGAAGUAUUUUUCUAUUGAAAUAACGGUGCUGGAUGACAGUAAUAUGCGGCGGCGAUUCCGUGUGAGCAACUACCAGUCGGCAACCCGUGUGCAGCCAUUUUCGGCCACAAUGCCCAUGAGCCUCAACCCCAACUGGAACGAGGUCCGCUUCAAUCUGGCCGACAUCACGAGGCGAGCCUACGGCACCGCCUACGUCGAGACAGUGCGCGUCCAAGUGCACGCCAACUGCCGACUUCGGAGAAUCUACUUUUCCGAUAGGCUCUAUGCAAAUGAUGAACUGCCUAAAGAUUACAAGUUACUCAUUGAACCUCUGCAA